UCUUAUACGUUGUACCCGUGGCAAGACAUGCUUUCUGAUGGGAUCGAGCCGUUAUUCUAGCCCGCUGCGUGCAAUAAUAGCGGCCCUAAAUAACUUCCUAUCGCAUACAUCUAUCAGCAAGAUCUCCUCGGAAGGCACUACAUGCAGCAGUGAUGCGGGCCGCUGGGCAUUGGCCUCGAGGCUCUAAGGCAAUGCUUCUGUGUGUACAAUUUCACAAGCUUAGAAGAGCGGAGACUGACCCCGGUGAACCCUCCCGUUCUUUUUUUGGUUUCGUUUCUCGAACGUUGGCCAUGGAUGUACAGUCGAUCAGUCGAUCGAUCACCGCAUGGCCCACUUACGGACACGGUGCAGCUGUAUCGAAAGGCAGGUUGCACGAGUCGCACUCAGAAUUACUUACCAGGGUCGAUUUUGCGGUGUAUUACAUGUACCCUUCUAUUAUGUAAUCACACUCGAUCUACACGCGUCCUCUCUUUCGGACGUGUCGGUAGACUGUAGGUUUAUGGGCAAACUUGACUGUUUCUCUCCGUGCAGGCCAGCUCCUUCCGAUAUCAAACAGUAUAAAGUCGAUCCCUCUCAAGACACGGUCAUGCCCACCUUAAUACACCACCUCUUUUUGAGACUCCUCACCAGUCUUGGAAUGGCUUCACAAUUCCGAACUCCAGUGGAUGGUCUAUUCGAAGAUCAGAUGUCCCACUUCACCACCAGCUGGUGGGAGCGUGUUAUCCGAGGAGACGAUAACGCAGCACGAUGUUACGUUGAGAAGGUCUGCUGGCACAAGCAAUCUUCUACUGUGCAACAUGAGUUCCUUCAAUUCGAUAUACUGUCUAUGGAUGGACGCUACAAGUCAACCGUCGUAGCUGAGCGGGGAAAGGAUCGUACCAAUUCAGAUAGAACGCGAGAGUUUGCCACGCGCUCUCCCCCUACAGACACUACCGUUACUGCGAACCCUCCCACUUUCGCGGACCCUACUGCUACUGAAAACUUCCCAGCGGUUGUGAUUCCCGCCUCUCCUGCGAAUGUUACCCCUUCUGCGGACUCCACCGCACCAGGUCACAACGGUAACAUUUUGUCUUCAUUAGGUUCAAGUAAACCAUCCAUUGAAGCGGAUGACGCCGUGUAUUCCGCGGCGUUCGGCAGUCCAGGUGCCAUUAAAUUGGCCGUGAAAUGUACCGCCGCAAUUUGUCUUCGUACGCUGACGUUCCCCAAAGGCAGUGUUCGACCAUCUGCCCAUGAAUUGUCGACGCUGCUCGCUGUGACAUCGAAUCACAUACUGGUAUACAAUUUGAUGGAAAGCCAGUGUUACUGGUUCUCCGAGACGGUUUUUAAGGCACUCAAGCGCCUAUUUCCGCUCGCGAGGGAAGAUAUCCAGUCGGAUCGAGCGGGGAGAUGGCGUGGUGUGGCGAUACCAACUGCUGAGAGUGUAGAAACGGAAGCUGAACGAAAACGACGAACUGGGCAGCAGAUUGUGGAGGAGCGUGAUCAGGCUUUGGCAGAGCGAGAUGCUACGGCAGAAGCUUUGGCGGCACGGGAUCGCGCUAUGGCAGAAGCUUUGGCAGAGCGAGAUCGGGCUAUGGCAGAACGAGAUCGGGCUUUAGCACAAGCUGCAGAGCGAGAUCGGGCUAUGGCAGAACGAGAUCGGGCUUUAGCACAAGCUGCAGAGCAGAGUCGGGCUAUGGCAGAAGCUCUGGCGAAGCAAGCACAAUUGGAGGAGCAACUUAGUCGGAUGAGGGAAGGAGCGGCAGGCAUCAGGCAAUGA